ACAUCCGGGUCAGGCAGUCGCUGCGCAAGUUGUCGACGUAAACAAACAACACGAUGUCGAGUAAAGAAGUCAAAGCCGCCCUGAAAAGUGCAAGAGAUGCCAUUAAAAAUAAAGAGUUCAAGGAGGCACUAAAACACUGCAAGGCUGUCUUGAAGCUUGAUAAGAGCAACUACAAUGCAUGGGUGUUCAUUGGCCUGGCUGCCUGCGAGUUGGAGCAACCAGAUCAGGCGCAGACAGCCUACAGGAAGGCUGUGGAGUUGGAGCCUCAGCAGCUACUGGCGUGGCAGGGCUUGGUAAAUUUAUAUGAGAAAACAGAUCAGUGGGAUUUCAAACUCGAGCUACCUAACGUUUAUCAGAAGCUUGUUGAGCUCUAUGCAAGCUCUGACAAAAACAAGUGCUAUGAGGUGAUUGGAAAGCUGAGAGAAAUACAUAAAAAUGACAAGGAAUAUUCCAAGUUGGCAAACGUAUGGCUGCAAUUUAUCCAUCUGAAAGAGGAAGAUGGUGUAGACAAGAAGGAAUUACUUCAGCUAUGGAAAGAGAUGACAUGCUUCCUGUCCGACUGCCUUAAUGAGAAUGAGCAGGACACAGAAAGUCAAAAGCAUUUAAUCAUGGCUUUUGAGAAGGCUCUGCUUCUUGUCGAUCCCACACCGGGAGAGGAACACCGGAAGCUCUCAUGCGACUACAUCAAAUGUCUUUCUAAGCUGCCUGAAGAAGAGAAAAUUAAAGCGGGGUGUGAAUCCAUGCUGUCCCUGUACCCUACCCAGAGUUAUCCUCUUGAAGUUCUCUGUUCUCAAUACCUCAAAAAAGGUGUUCAGAGUGAGGAUGCUGCCAGUUGUUUUUCAAGGCUUCGUGAUUUGGCCCCAGACCACGGUUUGUGUGACUUGGGAUUUGGCACAAAAGCACUUCAAGAGGGCAGGUUUAAAGAUGCCAUUGAGGAACUUGCGCGAGGAUUGAAGAAGAUUAACUUCAGUCCAGCUUGGUACAGUCAAGCAGAGGCUCAGCUUAAAGUUCACAAAUAUACAGACUGCUCUAAAUCCUGUGCCCAAGGUUUAACAGUGUGUGCAUCUGGAGACAAGGAACUAAGGAACAAGCUGUUGAAGCUGAGGUUUGAGGCUUUGGUCAGGAGUGGGGGGGAGAAGGCUGCAGACCAGGCUUUGGAGAUAUUUUUUCUGAUCCCUGAUGCUGUGAAAGACCUCUCAUUAGUAGCUCUUAAAGGUCAUGCGUAUCUUAACAAAGGACAAUUAGAUGAAGCAUUAAAGGUGUCGUUGCCUCUGUUGGCCUCCAACCCAAACCUGUCCGAGGCUUUGAUGCUGAGGGGACUGGCAUACUUAGCUGAGAACAAGCAGCAGCAAGCAGAGCAGAGUUUCCUCAAGGCAGCAGAACAAAGCCCAGACUGUGGUGAGUACUAUUUCGUGCUGGGACAGCUCUACUGGACCAUGGGAGAAGAGACCCGUAAAGACAGAAGCAAAGCACAUUCUCAUUUGCUCAAGGCUGCAAAGUUGGACCCGCACCUUAGUUGUGUGUUCCGAUACCUUGGACAUUAUUAUCGGGAGGUGGCAAACGACACAGGGCGGGCACGUGGCUGUUAUAAGAAGGCCUUUGACUUGGACAAUGACGAUGCUGAGUCUGGAGCGGCAGCAGUCGAUCUCAGCAUGGCUCAUGAAGAUAUGAAUUCUGCCUUAGCAAUACUCCAGUCUGUGACUGAGAAGGCUACCCCAGGUUCUGCCAAAUGGGCCUGGAUGAGACGAGGGCUUUACUACCUCAAGAUUGGAAAGCAUCAGCAGGCUAUUGCAGAUCUGCAGGCAGCUCUGAGAGCAGAUCCCGAGGACUGGGUGUGUUGGGAGUGUUUAGGAGAGGCAUACCUAAAUCGCCAGAGUUUCACAGCAGCUCUAAAGGCCUUUGGGAAGGCGCACAGUCUCCAUCCUUCCUCCAUUUAUAGCGUCUACCAGGCUGCUGCGAUCAAACAGAACCUGGGCAAGUUUGAAGAGGCCGUAGCUGAGUAUUUGCAAAUUACAGCACAGCACGACUACAUUCCCGCUCUUAAAGGUCUCGGUGAGUGUCAGCUCUCCUUGGCAAAAAGUUUAAUGGAGGACUGCAGAGACGGCAGAGCCCUUGACCUGAUUGAGCAAGCUAUACGGAACCUCUUCAAGGCUGUGGUGUUGCGUUCUGACCUGUCCUGUUUAUGGAAACUGCUGGGAGAUGCCUGCUCUGCUGUCAGAACAGUGUCUCCAAACAGGGCUCAGGUUCAGGUGCCGGCAGCACUGGCAGCUGGUUUGGACCCACACGCUCAGGUUCAUGGGCUAAACCAGACUCAGAUACUUAGACUUGCUGAGAAGUGUUACACUCGUGCUUUGAAGCUAAUGCCAGAGGUUGCCAGCCUCUGGUAUGACCUCGGACUCAACUUCUAUUAUCAAGCUCACCUGGCCUGUGAUGCAGCGGCAGACCAGUCAUUACUUCUUGAGAAAGCACAACAAUGUUUAAGGAAGGCGAUCAUGAUGGAAAGUGGCAACCACAGCUACUGGAAUGCUCUGGGAGUGAUCAACACAAGCACAGGUCUGCAGAACUUGGCUCUUGCACAGCAUUGCUUUAUCAAAUCCAUUCAAGUUGAACCAAAUAAUGUUGUUGCCUGGACCAACCUUGGUACCCUGUAUAUGAAGAAGGACAAUAUAGAGCUUGCACAUGAGGCCUUUAAGGUUGCACAGUCGUUGGAGCCGCUCUCUGUCAACUGCUGGAUUGGCCAGGCCCUCAUAGCUGAGAAAGUGGGAAGCUAUGACACCAUGGAUCUUUUUAGACACACCACGGAACUCUGCACACAUAUGGAGGGAGUGAAGGGUUAUGCCUACUGGGUGUGUUCCACCUUGCUGGAUGAGAGCAAUCGAGACUCUGAACUGUACCGCUACAACAUUGUCCAAAUGAACGCCAUUUCUACGGCCCACGUGGCACUCAGCAAGUACACUGAAAGGAUCCAGUCUGAUGCCGAUGCCUUCAUCAUGCUGGGUUACCUAACGGAACGUCUACAGUUGAAGAGGCAGGCUGUACAAGCUUACCAAAGAGCUGUCGAGUUGCUUCAGACCACAUCCCUCACACAACAGCUAUGUUUUGCUCGGAGCAACUAUGCUCGUGCUUUAUGUGCUUGUGGUCGGUGUGAGGAGGCAGUCAAUGUUUAUAACUCCACCUCACUGGAGGAACUCUGUGAUCUGGCAGGCUUGGCUCUGGCCUACUGUAAGGCUGGACGCAUCACAGAAAGCACUAGCGCUUACGAGCAGGCUCUGGCGAUGGCUUCCAGUGAAAAAGAGACUGCAUACGUCUUGACAGCGCUAUCACUGCUGCAGCACCAGCAGGGUAAUCUAGACUCUGCCAAGACCCUGCUAUUCAAAUGUUCCAUGUUGAAGGAACCAGUUCCAGAGUCUCUCCUGUGUUUAUGUGCCCUUGGAUUGGCCCACAAUGACACCACACUAGCUGCGGCUGCACGCACAGAGCUGCUCAAACAAGGCUCUUCCUCUGCAACUGUUGUAGAGCGGAGAUGUCUUCUGACCUGCACCUUGCUGGCCCUGCAGGGCAACUACAGUGCUGUGCAAAGAGAGGCCUCCAGAGCUGUACACAGCUAUCCAGGGAACUCAUCUCUGUGGUCACUACUGUCCAGAUUGGUACCCCAGUAUUACCCCAGGAAGUCAAAUGGAGGAGCAAUGGCCGGACAUGUUGCCUGUCUCUCCAGUAUGACCCAGGGAAAGAGGGCGCUGCUGUACAGUGGAGUGAACCAAUUAGCCAGUGGGAGACACUCUGGAGAGGAUGCUCAUAGGAAUGCACUGAAGACCAUGCAGAGAGCCGUGCUGCUCUGUCCUGAUGAUCCAUCAGCAUGGGCAGGAUUAAUGGCUGCUUGUUACACAGAAAACACUUCCUCUUAUCUCUUUGGGUCAACUGCUAGGAGGCGAGGACUAGAGCAAACCCUUAUGUCUGUGGUUUCUGAAAAGGUGCAUAACAUUGCAGAGAUGGAGCACGCCUUAGCCCAGACUCUGGAAGGAUGGGUACUACAACAGGCAGUGAGUGGCCUCCUGCUAAGCAGACAGCUCGACCAGGCAGAAGCACUCUGCUCACAGGUGCUGAAUGUUUCCCCAGAGCAUUCUGCAAUCGUGUUGUCACUGAGACAAGUACAAUGUCAGCGCCUCCUUGAGCCCAGCGGCAAUACUCUCCUUUCAGAGGCCGUGCUCGAACAACUCAGCAGCGCUGUGAUGUCAAAUCCCACCAAUAUCGGGGCAUGGCAUUGGUUGGCUGCGGUAUACUGCAACCAGGGUCUGCUGGUCCAGGCAGUCCUGGCACUCAAGCAGAGCUUGCAGGUCGCCUCCCAGCUCGGCCUGCACAGCAGCCAAGUAGCCAGCCUGCUGCGACUCGCCCUGCUAGCCCUGCGGCCUUGCAUGGCAGGUGUCCCGGGAAGUGAUUGGAUAGAUCUGGUCGGACAAGCCACUACAGAGGCUUUAAAGCUGGGCUCGUCCCCUGUGGCUCUGCUCUUCCAGGCCCUGCUUCAGUAUGUUACCAAGAUGGCUGCACGAGAAACUAGGCGACUAUUAGAGAGACUGGUUUAUGUCCCCAAUCAAGAAUUACCAGUGACUGUGGUGCAGGUGGCAAGCUGGUACCUGCUAAGACACCUGCAUUGCAAAAACGACCAGGAGCUAAUUCAUGCACUUUUGGAGCACGCCAAAAUGUGUGGAGAUCAGCGACUGCUGGACUUGCAUUCACAGCUUGUUUCUUCAUCCUGAAUGCUGCCAUAGUAAAUCACUUUCUUUAAUAUCCGCUUCAGGCCUAAUUUGGCAUGACAUGAUGGAUUAAAGGGGACCUAUUAUACUUUUCUUCUUUUUAAACAGUUUUACUGACGUUUCACAACCUGAACUUUCUUAUUUGGACAUGCCAAGGUACGCUGUAGGCCUGCUCUCCCCACGCUCUGCUUUGCUGUGUUCACCGGUUUUUUAAACAUGGGUAGACCCACAAAUAAGCAUGUAAUGACCCCAUUUGCACUACAGAUGUUGUGCCAAGAUUGCUUGCACUCAGUAAACGCAGAAAUCGCUCAAGACUCUUUUCAUAUGGCUGUAUGUUAAAAGAAGAUAUUUUAAAAAGAUAAAUCGCCAUUUACUAUCAACUCCUGUACCAUCACAAUUAGAAAGUGGGGUUUGGCAGCUGUGUGGAAGUCCUCGGGAGCGCUUGGAAGUGUGAUCAAUCACAGCGGAGCUCAGUAGGAGAUGUACGGAGGAGGGCCACGGGUGGAGUAAAUUACACAUACCUUUUGGACGGGAGGCAAGAAACCCAAAGAAACACUCCACGAAGAGGUGCAGAGUCUGGAAGAUCCACACACGAUGCGGGCUAUCAUGUGUAGCUGGGGCAAAACUCAAUACAACGGCCCGGAAAUAAGUAUAAUAGGUCUCCUUUAAGUCUUAAAACUAUCAAACAUUUUAAUGUCCAAUUCAGUUUUUUAUAAAAUAUCACUGGUGUCUUUUGUCAUACUGAAAUAAAGAC